AUGCACCUCGGCUGGUCGAGUAUGCUUUUGGCGCUCGUCAUGGUGCUCAUGAGUAUUGUGGCUCAAGGGCAGAGUUCGAUCGAGGAGGAGGAAAAGGUAGGGGGGGAAGAGAGUCUUACUGUAGGCCUUUUGCAAGGGAAUUACUUGAGGUUUGACUUUAAAAAUAAGACUUUCCUGAAAAGUGGCCGUAUAAAAUGAAAAUUUUGUGAAUUACCGGAACAAAAAGAUCUAGAACGCUCGCCUAAGGCAAAAGAACAUACAGAAUCUAGGUAUUGUCCAUAAGAAACAGUUUUUGGGACACAUUACAGCAAAAAAAAACUAUUUUUAUUUUGUCUUUACGAAGCGUGGGCUAAAAAUGUCUUGAGAAAAAAAUUUGACUAGAUCUGUGACAAGUUUUAUUUGGAUUUGGCUUUGAGUUCUGCAUUUGUAAUUGUGUCAAGGAGGGUUCUGCUUGUAAACGCGUCGAAUUUCAUCAAUAUCAUAGCGCCCAAACAUUGCGUUUCUUCAAUUUGAAUCUCAGUCAAUCUUACUCCCCAUUAAAAUAAAAUUCAAACUUUGUAAUUAACAAAACUUCAGCGAGGAUCAUCGUCCAGUAGAAGGAACUCAUUUCUUAAACAAUCCUGUUAUUUUUCAGUUCAUGGAGAAACGCGUGCCGCAUCCCAGCUUCCGCUCCAACGUCCGCAUCCAGCACUUCCAGCAGGGCGAGAUGCCGCCCGGCUUCGGCCACAACUUCGCGCCGUUCAUGGGGCGGUUCGGUCGCGUUGCGCGGAACCGACCGUACCUCUUCGACUACUGA